AGUUUUAUUUCAAUAAAUAUUCUGAAUUAUUAGCUUUAUUCUACUAUAUAUUUUAUUAAGAAUAGACUAUCUAAAUAUAUGUAUAUAUAUUUUCUAUUACGUGCCACACAAACCUCCCUAUAUAACAAAUGGUCUAAUCUAAUACGACUGUUACUGUAAUAGAAAACUGCACGUGGUUGCAGAAAAGUUACAAUAGAAAGGAACUGUUGCCGGGGCACACAAAAGCUAGGUAACGGUGUAAAAGUCGAUGAGCUGUUCUUUUUAAUUUAUUUAUUUGGAAUAAAUCUAUCUGAAUUAUGGAGUUUGAAGAACUUGGGAUCCGUGAAGAGUGCGGAGUAUUUGGCUGUGUUGCUGCGGGAGAGUGGCCAACUCAGCUGGAGGUUGCACAAGUAAUAACUCUGGGGUUGGUAGCGUUGCAGCACAGAGGUCAGGAAAGUGCUGGAAUUGUUACAAGCAAUGGCGCCUCCCCACCAACUUAUACAACACACAAGGGAAUGGGUCUGGUGAACAAUGCGUUUCAAUCAGAGGAUUUGGAAAAGCUUCGGGAUGGAAAUCUGGGGAUUUCACACACCAGAUACUCAACCACUGGGAUAUCUGAACUCCAGAACUGUCAGCCUUUUGUUGUGGAAACUCUCCAUGGAAAGAUUGCUGUCGCACAUAACGGAGAGCUUGUUAAUGCUCAAAACCUGCGCAGAAAGGUAAUGCGACAUGGAGUAGGACUGUCGACCAGCUCAGACAGUGAACUUAUAACUCAGUUGCUGGCCUUGACGCCCCCAUUUGAGGAAGUGGAUGCUCCUGAUUGGGUUGCACGAAUAAAGAAUUUGAUGACUGAAACUCCUACUUCAUAUUCUUUACUUGUAAUGCACAAAGAUGUAAUCUAUGCCAUCCGUGACCCUUAUGGAAAUCGUCCUCUCAGCAUUGGUCGCCUUGUUCCGAUUUCCAAGCUGCACAGCUCAGGAACGGGCGAUGCUGAUGCACAUACAGAGGGAUGGGUUGUUUCUUCUGAAUCCUGCAGUUUUCAAUCCAUUGGGGCCAGGUAUUACCGGGAAGUUCUGCCAGGAGAGAUUGUACAGAUUUCAAAACAUGGGAUUCAAACCCUGAGCAUUGUGCCCAGGCCAGAAGGAGACCUUCCAGCCUUUUGUAUUUUUGAGUAUGUUUAUUUUGCGAGACCAGACUCGAUAUUUGAAGGUCAGAUGGUGUAUUCUGUAAGGCAGCGCUGUGGACGGCAGCUUGCCCUUGAAGCCCCGGUAGAUGCAGAUGUGGUCAGCACGGUUCCUGAAUCUGCUACUCCAGCCGCACUGGGUUAUGCUCAACAGUCUGGGCUGCCCUACGUGGAAGUGCUUUGCAAAAACCGCUAUGUAGGAAGAACAUUUAUUCAACCCAACACACGGCUCAGGCAGCUUGGAGUGGCCAAAAAGUUUGGAGCUUUAACUGACAACUUUGCAGGAAAAAGGGUUGUGCUCAUUGAUGACUCCAUAGUAAGGGGGAAUACAAUCUCUCCCAUCAUCAAGUUACUGAAAGAAGCAGGUGCUAAAGAGGUGCACAUCCGUGUGGCGUCCCCACCCAUUCGAUUCCCCUGUUACAUGGGGAUCAAUAUUCCAACCAAAGAGGAGCUCAUUGCCAACAGACCUGAAUUUGAGGACAUUGCCGGAUACAUAGGAGCAACCAGUGUGGUGUAUCUCUCUGUUGACGGGCUGGUGUCAGCUGUGCAAAGUGGCAUCAGAUCUCGAGAAGAGAAAGACAUGAUGAUAGAUGGCAAUGACUCCAGGAGCAGCAAAGCCAACCGGAAAUUUGGCCACUGUACGGCAUGCCUUACUGGAAAAUACCCUGUGGAGCUGGAAUGGUGAAAGGUCAACGUUUGAAGACGACAUGAGUACUACAACCAUUAAGGACAUCUAGGCGGAGGAGAUUCAAAAAGCCAGUAUGGAUUCCCUUGUUAUCUAAUGGUUAUUUGAAAGAGAGAGUGUAUUCAGGACAGAGCAUCACAAUACAGCUUUCUGUUUUAAUUGUUGCAGCAGUGAUCCAGUAAUAAUUAAACUAAACUGCAAUAACUCCCUGUGCCUUUUUUAUUUUGCGUGUUUAACAUCAUCAAAUAAUGACCGAUAUGUCUGUAUUUGAUCAGUCUGUAUCUACAACUGUUGACAGCUACUAUGCGAGUUGCACAAAAUAACCUCUUCAACAGCUCUUUACAAGUGUGGAUAUGUAAACAGCAGUUUGUAAAGGUCACAGUUAAACCAGUACCAGCCUUUCUCCCCUCUGCCCUUUCUAGGAACAGUAUAACUGCUUAUUAAAACAUAGUUGCAUAGCCAGUCUAUACCAAAUCCUUUGUUUCCUGUAAAACCCUGACUCCAGAAAACAAACUGCAUAUUCUCAUUUUGCAUGUACUGUUUUUAGUAAGGCCGCAUUUUAGCUGGACUAAAACAUUACUAAGCAAAACAACCUGUAUUGUCCAGCUACAUGAGUAAAACCAUACAUGAAAUAUUAUCAUUUAUCUUAACGAUAAAAAUAAUAGAUUUUGCAUGUAUGUAUGUUGGUUCUUGACUACAUUCAAAAUUAAAUGGUUAAGCCUCUGGUAAAUUUACUUUUGUACCAGAUUGUUUUUACUGCUCUCUUUUUGUAAUUCCUAGUAACAAAAGUUGCUGUCGAAGUAUUAAACGCACAAGAUUGCCCUAGCUUGUGUUUAAUAUUAACUCUGCAAUGCAUCUAUUUGUGGGGUUUAUAACUGGUAUUGAAAUAUCUAUCAAGGAACUGCACUUUUUAUAUGUGCAAAAAUGGUUAUUGUUCUAUAACCUCACUACCAAUGUUGGUGUGUGGGGAAUUAUUUUACUAGAACAUUUCACAUGUUUUCAGAAAUACACAUGAUGUCUGAUUGGUUUAUAGUAAGUAUGUAACUAAACUUUGUAUGUUGUACUACCAGAGGUGUUUCAAUAAAUCUUUAAAAUGUG